AUGCCCCUUUCUUCUUCCCUCUUUCUUUUUUCCCUUUCUUUCCUCUUCUUCCUUUCUUUUCCCUUUUCUUCUUUCUUUCCCCCUUUCUUCUUUUAUUUCCCCUUUCUACUUCUUUCUUUUCCCCUUUUCUUUCUUUCUUUUCUCCUUUCUACUUCUUUCUUUUCCCCUUUUCUUUCUUUCUUUUCUCCUUUCUUCUUCCUUCUUUCUUUCCCUCUUUAUUCUUUCUUUUCUUCUUCCUUCUUUCUUUUAUCCUAUUUUCUUUCUUGUCACUAUCUUUCUCUUUCAUUUUUUCUUCUUUUUAAUGCUUCCUUCUGUCUUGAAUUUCCUCAAAUUCAUUGUUUAUUUUUCCUUUAUUUCUUCCUUUCUUCUUCUCAUUUAGUGGUAUCCUCUUUAUUCUUUAUUUUUCUUGUCAAUGUCAUCUUUUUCCUUCAUUUUUCUUUUUUGUUUCUUCUUUCCUUCUGUCGUUCAUUUAAUCAGGCUUUCUAUUUAUUUUAUCCUUUAUUCACUCUUUCUUUCUUUCUUCCUUCCUUAUCACAUAAUUCUACCGUCUUUAUUUUUCAUUCUUCGUUUGUUUGUUCCUUCUUAAUGCCAUCUUCUUUCUCCUUCAUUUUUCAUUCCUUCCCUUGCUUCUUCAUUCCCUCUGUCUUAUUUUCUAUCUUAUCCCUAAUUGCUUGCUUCUUUAUUUAUUUAUUUAUUUAUUUAUUCGCAUGUCAUCUUCUUUCUUCAUUUUUCUUGGCUUCAUCUUUCCUUCUGUCGUUUGUUUUUCAGGCUUUCAAUCUAUCUAUUUUAUCCUUUAUUCCCUCUUUCUUUCUUACUUUCUCCUCACUUAAAUCUAUCGUCUUUAUUCUUCAUUUUUCGUUUUUUUAUUCAUUCUUCGUUUUAACCUAUUGCCAUUUUUAUUAUUUUAGUUAUCAUUUCCACUGUCGCAAAAGUCUUUAA